UUUUAAUAUAUCUGCAGUGCUGGACAUGCCUGUGGUGCAUCUCUCUCACAAACCUAAAAUCAUAUUGGCUAAGGCACUGGGAUUUGUUUGGCAUGCCAAAAUGCUCUUCUGAUCUGUGCGUAAAAGUGAUUUGAUUAUUCUUCAAUUCUUCAGCUGAAGGGAACUUAAGGAGGAAAGUUUUAGGUCUCUUUAUCAAAAUUCAACCACACAACUGUUAAAGCUGAAGUUUGAGUUGUCCCCAGAAAGAGAGAACUGUUUGCUUUACCUUUUUUGAGUCUUUUCUUUCCUUCUUUUUACACAGCACAAAUCAGUGAUCUAUACAGUUCAUCAUAUACUUUUUAAGGUAGAUAGAUUCAUUCAUAUUCCUCUUUAACACCUUUAGUCUACAGUUUUCCUUUUUUCCUUUUCUGUUGGGUGGGUGGAUCAUUGGGUGCCAUUAGUAUAUAUCAAAGAUGAUUAUCAAGAUCAGGGCUAUUGUAAUGGAAGUUAGUAUUAACUACUGCAUGAUUUUAGAAGUACAACUCUUUUGCUGAUAAACCUAUGUAUAGUUCUUGAAUUAUGAGAUCUAAGGACACAGAUUGAACUGAUUGCACUGUUUUUUUCUCGGUAUAUAUAUAUUUUGGUGAUUCAAAAGAUUAGACGGCCAGAAAAUACAGUUUAUGAUUGAUCCUUUCCCUGUUUUUUGUCCACUGAAAAAGAGAAACCUUCGAUCAGUAGUAUUUACUUUAAUUUCUUGUGUUUUCUAUAAACCCCAGAAUUAAAAUUUUUCAAAUGCAUAUACUAUGAUAUGUACCUUUAACUUGUUUUGAAUUUCAUCUUGAUUUGGGAAGAUCAGCAAGUUAGUUUCCUGGUAAUACUAUUAUUAUGGCGCAGAAAUAAUGAUACUGCACUCAUCAGAUUCAUACUAAAUGCAUGCAUGCAUAGUACUGAAUUUCAUUUACCUAUGUUUAAUAUUAGUCCUUUUCUGCAUAUACAGAUAGAGGAAAACAAUAGGAAAUAUAUUCACAAAUUCUAUACCAUCUAUAUACACUAUACAGUUCGAUUAGUUGGAGCAUAAGAUCCUUGAAGCAGUGUUCAUAUGAUUAUUGGCUUUAUUUAUCAGCCAAAACUAGUGCACAAGUUUCAAUGGAGAAGUUUCUGAAUCCAUACGACAAAGAAUACAUGAAGAUGACCAUGUUAAAGCAUGAGGAAACGUUUAGAGAGCAGAUUCGGGAACUUCAUCGUUUGUAUCAUAAACAGAAGAUACUAAUGACUGGUGUAGCGAAAAAUAGGCAAAAUAUGCACGAUUUUGAGUCUAUUUCCGAGCAAAUGAAUGGUCAUGGCGAUGUACAUAAGAAGGCACGACAGUAUCUCGACUUGGGACAGCCUGCUGAGAAUUUCGAAGAAGAAGACGAGAGUGAACUUGAGCUGACUUUAGGCCCAAAAAGUUAUUACCGGAAGAGGAAAGAUACGGAAACUCCAUUAGCAUCAGAUUCUGGGCCAAGUUUUUCUUCUUCUUCAAGCCGUAUAAAGUUUACAACAAGACAAGAAUUAUUAAAUCCUAGUUUCUUUAGUAUAAAGAAAAAUAGUUCUGAAGUCGAAGAGAAAUUGAGACAAGAUAUAUUAAAUCAUCAUCCUCGGCUUAUGCAGGUUUUAAGCUCGAACAUGACUUGAAAAAAUAAUAAAAAUCCCAUUCGGAGUCAGUAUGAUAACUUUUAUAGACUGAUUCCGUGAGUUCUAAUAUCAAUUCUAUGCUUAAGCUUGAUUAGAUUAA